GCGGGAAUUAAAAGCGCUUACGUGUCUUUGGAAGUUAGUUUUGUGUGACUGUGUUCCAACACACAGCAUAUGUGUUAGUUUUUUUCCUGCCAGCAAACAAACACAAAACCUUUUUAAAGAGAUGUGUGUGACUGAAUUGCAAAGCUAGGCCUAGUUAAUAAUAUUUUAAGAUUUGUUCUCUUGGCAGCUAAAUGGCAUCGCCUCUGCCUCCAGUCGAUACUGAACAGCAGAACAUUAUCGAUAAAUUGGCCGAAUUUGUGGCCAGAAAUGGGCCAGAAUUCGAAGCACUGACGAGUGAAAAACAGAGGGACAACCCAAAGUUCGCAUUUCUCCGAGGUGGCGAGUUCCAUGAAUAUUAUAUGUAUAGAGUUAACGAAGCUCGUAAAAUUUGGCAGCAACAAUAUGCAACGAAAAAUAAAUCUAAUCAGAUUCUCAAUUCCAGAUCCAACUGGUUUAAUAUGAAUGAACAGUGGGAUCAGUAUGUUGGAAAUGCAGAUCAUUGGCAACGUUACGGUUCUGCACCACCAGGCCAUUGCGGAUGGGCUGGUCCAGACCCAUCAUGGUAUCCAAAGCCACAAUGGCCACAUUUUCCACAGGGUGUACGAAUGCAUGGGGGUCAACCUGGAUAUCCUCCAUACCAUCCCCCUUCGGAAGCAGUAGAUUCUUUUCAUCAUGGAAAUUACAAUAACCAUCCUCCAUAUGGCUACCCUGGACACCAUGGAGCAUUCCCAAUCCAGCAGUUUCCAUUUGGACCUGAAACUUAUCGUGCAACGAGACCUCAAUAUGAUUAUCAAGUUUCUAGUGGUUCUGAUUUGGGAGAAGCUGAUAUUGAACAAAGUGAGAAGAAUUUGGCUGCCCAGCAUGAAUCACUGCUUGCUCGUCAAGACGUUGAAAUUUAUGAGCUUCUGAAUAGGAAGCGAGAAGAAAAUGUUAGGAAAACUGGAGAAAAGUUAAACAUCUCUUGGGAACAGAUGAACGAAAUGAUCCAACCAUUGAUUGAAGCCUGUACAAAAGAAAAUAUAUCCAAAGGGAAAUCUUGGGUUGUUGAUAAAAUGUCUGAAUCACCUGAACUAACUAAAUUAAUGUCUGAUUAUCUAAUAACGCGCGCAAGUGCUGUUCAUGUUUCGUUCGACUUAAGGCUCCACUUAGUGUACUUGUUGAACGACCUACUUCAUCAUUCUAAACGUCGUGGUGUUCCUGUUCAUCUGCAGGAGGCUUUACAAGAAACAGUGCCAGUAAUUUUCUGCUUAGCAACAGAGAUUGCUAAUGAUGAACAAAAAGCCAAAAUUAACCGUGUUCUAAGCUUGUGGGAAACCAACUCUUACUUACCAGUCGAAGUUUUAGUGAAAAUGCGAUCUCCAGAAUCGGCUAAAUUCUUAGCGGAAUGGAAAGAAAGUCAGUCAAAGCCGUUUGAAAGUGAAAUAGACAAAAUUAAAGCAAAUAUUAUGAAUCAAUACACUAGUCUUGAACGACAGCAUCAAGAGUUUGCAGAUCAUGUACUACGACAGUUAGCUUCAUCUCAUUCCGAUAAGUCAGAUGAAGCAUCUAUCUCUGAUAAUCAUCAUGCACCAUACGGACCAUCUCAUCAUCCUAUGCAGAAUGUUGAUCGAAACUUUUCUUACUGGGGUCCACCACCACAAACCACUGGUGGAUUUGACAUGGGUCCACAGGAUAUAAUGGGAGGGUCGGAUCCAAGAGAUAUGCAACGUCGAAUACCUGGUUAUCCUCCACCUCCACAAAUGUCAGGGUUUGCAGGACUUGGUGGUGGUGGUGCGGGUGGUGGUGGAACUAGUUUUCCUCCUCCAAUGGGUUGGCUACCUGGGCAGCAUGAUCCUGCCAAGUGGAAUCAAUCUAUCCCGAAUUUCAACUCUCAACCUGGGCAUAAAAACUUUGGUGGUCAUGAACUAAGCAGCAAUGUGUAUAUAGAAGGCGAAGAACCAGAAGAUGAACAAUCUGCCUAUCCUAAUUCGUCAUAUGAAUGUGCACCUUAUGGAGGUUAUUAUAAUAAUAAUAACAAUAAUAAUAGUAAUAGUAAUAAUAACGAUUAUCGGCAGUAUGAAGAGUCUUCUCACGGGGCUCGAAACACACGAGACAAUCAAAGUAAUCGUGAUGAAAAACCUCGAACAUUUCGGGGUAGUCGUCCUUCAAGAUUUUCCUCCGCUCCAUCUCAUUCUGAUACAGGUAAUGAAAAAAAGAAAAUUGACUCUAAUGAUACUAACAAAAAUACUGCCGGUACGGAACAGCAGCAUAUAACACCUAAGGCUGAUCUGGAAGCUACAAAAGACUCAGACAAUUCUAUGAUACCAGUUAUUGAAUCUUAUGAUAUAAAUCAAAAAUUCCCUGCAUGGCAAUUACCUGCAGGAUUAUUGCAUCCAUUAAUUCGAUUAAAAGAUUUCGAUUUUACUCCGUUGAAUGAAAAUAAUCUACAAUUAUUACCUCCAACAACACCGUCUGAACGUUUGCUUAUAGCAUUGGAAAAUUUUUACAUGCCACCUACCCCAGAUAAACCACGUGACGGUGAAGGUUGGGAACAUAUGGCUCUUCAUGAAUUUUAUACGAAAAAAGAGCGAGCUCGUCCGUCUGAACAUAAAGAAAACGACGAGAAAGAUAACACAUCUACCAAUAAAGCAAAAACGAAUCGACGCCGUCAACAUAGUGGAGGUAGUUAUGCAAGUAGUCAUUCGGAAUAUGAUUUUACAAAUGAAUUAGUUCCAGAUGUUCAGCAUGACACAUCUAUUGAUGUUGAAAAACCAUUUUCACGCGACAAUUCAGACAGUGAAGGCCCCUUUGGACCAUCACAACUAGCAUAUAUAACAUCUUAUCCCAAAGUUGCAAUCGGUCAACCUCUUCGAACUGGCCUUGAAGCACUAACAUUGGCUCCUCCUCCUAUGCAGUGUAUGCAAGGACAAUUAACCCAUAAUUAUAGUGCUUAUAAAUCAGCUGGUAUUCAACCAGGUAUUCCUAUACCCGUUCCUCCGUUACCAGGUUUGCUGGGCGCCAUUCCACCUGGACCCGGUGGAUUUCCUAAUACAAGCUUCCUACAGUUUCCUCCUCCUGUUAAUCAGCCACCACCAACUCUUCCAUUGCCGCAAGGUCUGAUUCAGAGACCCCCACCAGGAUUUUCUGCUGAUCGUUUUGAAUCUCGCCGAUCGCGAUCCAGAACUAGAUCUGAUUCACGUUCAAAGUCUCAUUCUCAUUCUGCGGAUUCACGUUCUCGUGACUUCCGAUCUCGUUCACGAUCACAAUCCAGAUCUCAUAGUUCUCGAAGUAGAUCUCAUUCACGCUCUGAUUCUCGUGAUUCUCUUUCUAAGUCCGUAUCACCUAAUAAUGAUGAUGAAACUGGUAGUAGCCAAUCACGUGGCUUCUCAAGAGAUCGAAGACGUAACAGAUCACGUUCACGAAGUUCAGGUUCACCUUUCGCUCGAUUCACUUCAGCUCCUGGUCCUGGUGGUUUAGGGGUCGGUGUUGGAAGUAGCGGUGGGAAUGUAAAUGCUGCUCGUGCUGCUGCAAUAGCAGCUGCUGUUUCCAUAGCUAAUUCAAUUAACGCACAAUCUGGCUGGUCCAAUAGCAAUAACAAUAGUAGUAAUAAUAAUAAUAAUAGUAAUAAUCUACCCACUAACACAUUUAACAACCAAGGUUUUAACGGGCCUGCUCUUCUACCAGGUGGUCCAUACGCUGACACCAAUAGAAUAACCUACUAUGGUGGUGGAUUCCAGUCUAACCAAGUGCAACACAAUCGUGGCGGUGCUGUUGGUGGUGGUUGUUCACGUGGUGGUUACAAUCCUAAUAAUUCGUCAGCGCGUGGUGGCGGUAAUAUGCGAUAUCAUGGGUCAGAUGAUCGUUUUUAUCCUCCUCAACGCGAUCACCAGCGUCGAUAAAACUGCUUUAUUUGUCAAUCAAAUAUUUUUAAAUUAUUAUAAUCUUUAACUUUUGCAUUGUUUCCGUCAAUGAAUAUUACUAAUGCGACUGUAAAUUCGAACAAUCUAAAUACAAUGAUAUGUUGUUUGUUAUCA